ACCGUCAGCUGACUGCGGUGGGCGGGGUAUUUCCGAUGCAGGAAGUCAGUCUUGUGAUAUUACAGCUAAUCUGAACACUACACGCUUUGUUUUCACAAUGUCUAAAUAAAACGAAGAUAUAUGAGAUCAAAGCAUCUUUAAAAGCUUAAAGAAGUGCGGUGUAAUCAGGCAGGAGCCAUCAUGUCUGAGCAGAGUGACUCCAGUCUGCCGUCUGAGGAGAGGCUCCGCGCUCUCAUCAAGCUGGGCAGCUCUGUGGACGUCAGCGAGGACGUGCCCCCCCGCCGGUACUUCCGCUCCGGGAUGGAAAUCAUCCGAAUGGCCAACAUCUAUGCAGAGGAGGGGAAUGUCGAGCAUGCAUUCAUCCUUUACAAUAAGUACAUCACGUUGUUUAUUGAAAAACUUCCUAAACAUCGUGAAUAUAAAACCGCCAACAUUCCUGAGAAGAAAGAUACGAUGAAGAAAUUAAAGGAAGUUGCUUUUCCGAAAGCUGAGGAACUGAAAAAGCUGCUUCUCAAGCACUACGAAAAAGAACACGCCGAAUAUCUCAUCCGAAAGCGAGGGGAGGAUGAGGCCCGGGCUCGAGAAGUGGCCAAGCAGCGCGAGCAGGAGGCAGAGAAGCAGAGACAGGCCGAGCAGCAGCAGCGUCAGCGCGAGCAGGAGCAGUUCAGUGCCUUUGAGGAGAUGAUCCGCAGGCAGCAGCUGGAGAAGGAGCGCCAGCGCAUCAUGCAGGAGUUCAGCGUCCCGGUAUCACCCAUCUCUCCCAGAGAUCUCCUGGUGCCUGAUGCUCAAGGACCUCCGCAGGCCUCGUUUUCACCGCCGACGAGCCCCGAAGGAACCUCAAACCAUGUCUCUCAAACGACACCCCUCCCAGCGUUUGACCGUUCACUGAAGCCUAGUGUUCCAGUCAGUGCAGGACACAGUGCGCUGGUAAACGGCUUGCGGCAGCUCUUUGUGCCCGCCGAGCUCUGCCAAAGAUUUUUAAAGCUAGCAGAUGCCAACACAGCACGAACCGUGGAGACCUGUGGGAUUCUGUGUGGCAAGCUGAUGAAGAACGCCUUCACAGUGACACACGUGAUCGUGCCCAAGCAGUGUGGAGGACCAGAUUACUGUGACACCGAGAACGAGGAGGAACUUUUCCUAAUCCAGGAUCAGAAUGAUCUCAUCACACUGGGCUGGAUUCAUACUCACCCGACCCAGACGGCCUUUUUAUCCAGUGUGGACCUGCACACACAUUGCUCUUAUCAAAUCAUGCUUCCAGAGUCUAUAGCCAUUGUGUGCUCACCUAAAUUUAAUGAGACUGGCUACUUUCGGCUGACAGACCACGGGAUGGACGAGAUCUGUUCCUGCAAACAAAGAGGAUUCCACCCGCAUCCAAGAGAGCCGCCCCUCUUCUCUGCUAGUCAACACGUCACCAUCACAGACGGAAGUGUGAACGUGAUGGAUUUACGGUGAUUUCAUCACUUCUGCUUCAAAAUAUGUGCCUUUGCUCUUGACCUCACAGCGACUUGCCAAGAAGCUCCCAAAGGGCAAAGAAGGUCCCUGCUGAACAUUGCUACAAAGACACUGGGCCUCUAUCAUCACAUCUUAGCAGUCUAUAUUUAUUAGUUUAAUUCUGUAAUAUCCAAAUGUGACUAAUACGAGCUUGAAGUUGAGCUGUGUAGUUCCUAGCAUUAGCAGCAUCAAGUGGAUUUGCAAAAAUAAAGACAAGUUGUGACCUCAAGAAUACGUGACGGAAAAAUAGAAAUGCAUGGCUUCUGUGAGCUUCCUUUUGUUUAAAACUAGUUCAUUCUGUUCGAUGUUGCAGAAAUUACACACUUCACCUAUAAAUACCUGUACAUAUUUAAGUGUUCACUGCAAAAAAAAAAAAAAAAAUCCAAUACAAAUAUGACAAAAUAAACCAAGUAUCGUUUUCUGAAAAAAGAAAAAAAAAAGAACAAAAUUAAGUGAGUUUAUAUACUUAAAACCUAAAAAGAUAUGUGCAAAUCAAAAGAAAAACAUGAUUAUUUUUCAUACCCAAUUGACAUAUUUUUUCUUGCUUUAAGCAUAAAUUCACUUGAUUGUGAUACAUUUUUCAGAAAUACCUUUUUCAACUUUCUCAAGCACAUAUAUCCUGAUUUAAGCACAUUUAGAUAUUUGUGAUGGGAAAGCAAGUCAAAAAUGCCAAGUAAGAACUUUUUUUGCAGUGUUGUCUUAGCCAAUCCAUAUUUUGGCCUUUUUAAAAAGACUGAAGGCUUAAACAUGUGGUUCAUGUACAGGAUCACAUAAGCCAUCCAUUUAAUAGCAUACUGCAGUUACAUUUUCUUUUAGUAUGCAGUUGUUUUUAGCUCUGCCUCUGGUCAUACAGGAAAUGUUCAGAUCUUUAUGUUGAUUAAAAGAUCCUCAUACGCCAUUGUAACCAGUUUCAAGACAGACUGGAUUCUGUAUUUAACCUAACACUUGACCGUGAAAAAGCUGAUUCUUUACGUCUGACUAUGAUUUUGUUCAUCUCUUAUAAAAUAGCUACUUCAGUAUGUAUCAAACUGUGAUCAUGAAGGCAGAUGAUUAUAGAAAACAAAGACAUAUUCAUUUUCAUGUUCUUUCAGCUAAACUAUUCUCUGUUGCUUUCCAUAACAUUUUAAGUGUUGUUAGUCUUAAUGCAUAUGUGGUAUAUAAUAUUCUGUUCUGUAGUCAUGUGGUUCAUUUUGUGGGACUCUGAAGCUUUGCAUUUUUUAUUAACACAUAAUUAAAUGCAAGCAUAUCUUCACUUGAAUAUUAUCUGCUAAGGCAAGACACUAGAGGGAAAGCUCAAUUUUGGCCUAUUUUGUUUCCAUAACGUGUUUUCUUUUUAGAGUAGUGCAAAUAAAAUAUCCAAAAUACACUUUUAAGGGUUUAUUGUUUUCGGUUAUGUACAUUAAUGCAAAAAUAUGCAUAUUUAAUUAGAUGUUUUAUUUGCAUAUUUAGACCAGUAUGACACUUCACAAAUUGUCUUAAACUACUGUAAUUAAUUAACUAGGGAAGUAUGGUGAUAAUUAUUAGUUUAAUAUGUACCUUACUCACCUGUGGUGUUUUGUCAGAUUUAUUAAUUAAAGGCUUUGACACCUAGAA